UUUUCUAUCCGUUUUUAGUGCAAAACGUUUGGACAUAUACUAAACUUCUUUGUGUAAAAUUUAAAAUUCUUAUAGUCAUUGUUAUCAUUUCUAUUAUAUUUAUAAUUGAAAUAAAAAUGUGUGACAUUAAUGAUGAGUCUGAUAUUAUUAGUUGCUCAGGAUCGCGUCACAGUGAUGCUGAUUACAUCGAUGAACGCGCAAUCCUGGCUCUGGAAGACCUAGUAUCAGAACCAGGACCAAAGCCACAACCAGAGCCAGAGCGAGUGCUAGAACCAGAGCCAGAGCCAGUGCUAGAGCCAGAGCCAGUGCUCGAGCCAGAGCCAGAGCCAGUGCUAGAGUCAGUGCCAGAAGCUGUGAGUUCAAGCCGUGAUGAUAAGAACAACAGUGGCUCAUAUCAUUCACUUUCUAAAAGAAUAAAAAUAGAUGAAAGUGAUGACCCAGAGCAUAAACGGCAACAAGAUGAUGACUUGGACCUUAACCCAUCAUCGUCUUUAAAAAGUGUGAACAAAAAUUUGAAACCAUCACUUGAAAAUCUUAAUAUAGCCUUACAAUAUGACGUAUGUGCUAAGCUGCAGGAAUCACGUAUUUCCCUAUGUAUUGAUUGUAGUAAAAAGAAAAAAUCAAGUAAAAUGGACAAAAAGUUUUGUCGUUUCCUGAAUUUUCGUAAAGUGAGAGUUAUGCCAGAUGGCACAGUAAAAGCUAUUGGUUUUUUGAAAGAAAAUGAUACAUUAAAUAAAGGUGAUGAAUCUGUUUUUCAACCGCUAGAACCCACAAAUGCCAAUUUAAAUAUAGCAGACAGUCUUUACAUACUAGAUCAUAUAGGCGAUCACUUUUGUAAACUCUGGCAAAAAGAAAUGCAAACCAUUAGUAAAUUAAGGAAUGAAGGAAUAGAGCUGGCGAAAAGAAAUAUAAUCCCUAAUGUGCGUGAAAUGUGCGACACCUGUGCAACAACAAUUUUCAAUGUUCAUUAUAUAUGCGGAGAAUGCGGAUUUAUUAUGUGCGUGGAUUGUGUUCAAGAACGUGGAGCACUAAUAAGAGGUAUUAAAGUCACCUGUAUGUACAGAAAGUGCAGAAAUGCAGAAAAACUUGUACCAUGUUAUAUAAUACCUAGUGAUAUAUUUAAAGACCUAGUGCGUAAAAUGCAUGAAAUACGUACAUUUCACAAACAAAUACAAAACUGUGAGUGCACGGAAUUCGAAAAGUAUGACGCGACACUUGACACACCUCGAAGAAGAAAAGUCGAAAAACCUAAAACCGCUGCCGAUAGGGCAAUCAAGAAAUUUCAAAGCAGAUGGAAAGUGUGUAAAUCAAUUAUUAUACAAAAAUUGGCUGUAAAAUUGGAUUAUUCAAUCUGGACGCCAGAAUAUUUUGAGCAAAAGUUUGGUGACGUCAACGUCGAUUUAGUCAACUGUAUGACUAAUAAUAAAAUAAAAGGUCGUAAAAUGCGUAUCUUCUGGCAAGGCUUCGAAAAUUCAAUGCGUAGAAUGAAAGACUUCUUUAACAGACCAAUGAUACUUAAAAUUAAAGAUUGGCCACCAAACGAUGAUUUUGCCAAGAUUCUUCCCAGCCACUAUGAACAUUGGCUAUCGUUAUUACCCGUGUCAAAGUAUACAUUACGCGAAGGUACUUUAAAUAUGGCUAGCAGCUUGCCAAAGUCUUUUGUUCCACCAGAUUUGGGCCCAAAGAUGUAUAACGCAUAUGGUGUAACAGAAUUUCCAAGUAAAGCCACAACAAAUGUACAUAUUGACAUAUCCGAUGCAGUUAACAUAUUAAUGUAUGUCCAUUCAUUUACUGGUGAAGAAGGCGAAAGAGUAGCUGCAGAAGUUAAUUCUAUUAUCAAAACAAAUCGCAUUUCGUUUGCAGAACAAAGAGUUUUUCAACCAAAAUCGGCAACUCCUGCAGCUAUUUGGCAUAUUUGGCAUCCCAACGAUGCCGAAAAAAUACGUCAAAUAUUAUGGCCUGUAGCGAAGGCUCAACCCAAAUUUAAGAAUGUCAAAGAUCCCAUUCACGAUCAAUGUUUUUAUCUUGAUAGAUCGUUACGUCACCGCCUAUUAUUAUCUCACAAUAUAAAAACAACUACUAUACUACAAAGAAUGGGACAAGCAGUAUUUAUUCCAGCAGGAGCUCCGCAUCAAGUGCAGAAUUUGAAUAAUUGUGUAAAAGUUGCUGAAGAUUUUGUGUCUCCCGAAAACAUUGGAAACUGCCUUGGACUAUUGAACGAAUUCCGCAGGCUACCUAAAUCACACGCAAAUCACGCGGAUAAAUUGCAAAUAAAAAAUGUUUUGUAUCAUUCUGUGAAGGAUUGCUGUAGUGUCUUACUCAAAAAUGAAAAUGAGAUGGUUGAAACCGCACCUUAAUGACUUCAUUAAUGUAUAAUUCUGGCUAUACAUUAUACUAUUCAUUUAAUUUGAUUAAAAUUUUAAUAUUUAUUUUGCAUUUUUUUAA